UGUAAUCAAUUUGACAACAAAUAUUAAGGACAAACUUCUAGAACUAGUUCAAUGACAAACAAACAAUACGUAAAGUGAUUGGUGAUUAGAAAAUGAGUGACAGUUUACCCGCCCACAUCUACUCACAUAGUCUCGCGAGUGUUAAGGUGAUGCUGGCCAAUCAAAUGGUUAUAAAUAUGUACGUCACUAGCCGUCCUGCUCCGAGUUGCUCAGAGCUCGUGUGGUGUGUGCUAGCUGGGUGUACGUGAGUGGAAGACAAGAACAUUUUUUUUGUUUAUCUCAAUUGGUGGCUGUACGUUCACGCAGGGUGGCAGACCCGUUUUUUUUAUAUUUUGGUAGCACAGGGAUUGUCGUUCCCUGUGCGUGAGCGUUUGCUCCUAUUUAUUUUUUUUGGAAAUAACCGGGGAAAGGUACUCGGAAUAAGACGUUGAUCGGUAAACAUGGCUUUGAAGAGAAUACAAAAGGAAUUGAAUGAUUUACAGCGCGACCCACCAGCGCAGUGUUCCGCAGGUCCAGUGGGAGACGACAUGUUCCACUGGCAAGCCACUAUUAUGGGACCUACUGACAGUGCAUAUCAAGGAGGGGUUUUCUUUCUAAAUAUUCACUUUCCCUCCGAUUACCCAUUUAAACCCCCAAAAGUAGCUUUUCGAACUAAAAUAUACCACCCCAACAUAAACAGUAACGGAAGAAUUUGUUUGGAUAUUCUAAAAUCGCAGUGGUCCCCUGCAUUAACGGUUUCGAAAGUUCUGUUGUCGAUAUGCUCGUUAUUGUGUGAUCCUAACCCGGAUGACCCCUUAGUACCAGACAUAGCGCAUAUGUACAAGUCAGAUGAGGCGAAAUACAACAAAUUAGCGAGGGAAUGGACUCAAAAAUACGCGAUGUGA